AUGACUACAAUUAGCCAUAUAAUAGUUGUAUAUAUAAUAAUAUUUAUUGAUGUAACAAUUACAGUCUAUACGGUUGGUGACAACGAUUCCGGUAAACUAGGGUUGGGUCACAACAACAAUCCAGUUAAUGAUAGACAAGAAUUAGAGGAAUUAAGGGGAAAGUCUAUCCGAAAAAUUAUUACUGGAUAUGACUUUACAUUGUGUAUGACUACUACUACUACAACUACUUCAGGUGUUAGUGAUGGUUAUGAUGAUAGGGUUGACCAACAUAUAUACAGUUGGGGUUGCAAUCAAUACAAUCAAUUGGGAAGGCAUAUCAUCACCACCACCACCACCAGUGAUGAUGAUGAUGAUGACGAGUACUACAAACCCGAUAUUAUAACAUAUUUUAACAAUAAAAUCAUUGAAGACAUUGCUUGCGGUAAUUAUCAUUCGCUGGCACUGACCAGUGAUGGCACUGUCUAUGGUUGGGGUAAUAACAGUGAAGGACAGUGCGAUUGUAGUCAUAGUACAUCUGAUACCAGUAUUGAUGAACCAAUUUUAGUUGAAUUUCCAGAUAAUACAGUAAUUCAAUCAAUAUAUUGCACAACCAAUAGUUCAUUUGCAAUUGAUAUCAAUGGCCGGGUAUACAGUUGGGGUGAUAAUGAUUUCGGUCAAUUGGGUCAUAGAAAUAAAGGCGUAUAUAAACCACAAUUAAUAUAUGAUUUGAAAGCCAUUUCAAUUAAAUCGAUUGGAUUUUAUUCAAAAGUCAUAAAUAACUUAAUAAUAUUGAAAACAUAUUUCCUAUCAACCAAUGGUCAGGUAUAUCAAUGCGGAACACUUACUACCGAUGAUUUGCAAACAACAACACCGAUAAUAACGCCUAAAUUAAUUGAUAAUUUGAAAAAUGUUGAGGAAAUACAUGAUAAUUAUAUCCGAAAAAGUGAUAAUGAUAUUAGAGAAGCAAAUAAAUUGCGUAAACUUUGGUCACCAUAUGUUGUACACUAUUUUGAUGCAUGGAUUCAACCAAACAAUAGUCGACUAUACAUUCAAAUGGAGUUAUGUUCGCAAAGUUUACGUAAAUUUAUUACGGAAUUAAUGUCUGAAACAUUUCAACGAUUGUCAACUGUAUCGGCAAUGGAUUGUAUAGAGUAUUAUAUUAUAAGUAAUAUAAUGCUAGAAAUUUGUGAAUCCGUUAGAUAUUUACAUACAAGACAUCCGCCGGUUAUUCACAGAGAUCUCAAACCCGAUAAUAUACUUAUUGUUGAAAAUCCGGUUAAUGGCAAUCGGUUUAUCAAAAUAUGUGAUUUUGGUUUGGCCUCAGAUCAUAUACGUUCGGGGUCUAUGUCCUACUCGCACACCGAUAAUUGUGGGACAGGUAUCUAUAGGGCACCGGAAGUUAAAGGACUUACCGAUGAAAGGCUAUUAUACAAUGAAAAAUGCGAUAUUUAUAGUCUGGGUAUUAUAUUAUUGCAAUUGUUUGGCAUUUGCAAUGAUAUUGAUAUAAUGUAA